AUGUAGUCUUAGUCUUAGAUAAUAGUUGUUAAAAUAGUUUUAAGAAGAAAACAAAUUUAUUUUAUGCCAUUUGAUAAAGCUGUUGUAAUUGUAGAGCUACCACGAAACAUAAAGCACUUAGCCCGUGUCGCACGUUCACACGUUAUCUCUUUUUUAUACGAUGCAUAUGUACACGAUAUGACAAAAAGAGGCAACAUGGACGUUGGUCUUAACGUGCUACCUACGUGUAGCCUACCAGUAGUCUACCUACUAUCGUGGUAGGCUACUGGUAGGCCCACGGCAUCUAUCUAUUUAUUAAAGCUUCUUCCCUUCUGAUUCUAAAUCUUUCCUGUGUUCCUACUAUUGUUUUAUGUGAGUAAAUAUGAAUCUAAUGAUAUGCACGGAUAUGAUUUAGCAAGCAGCCUUGAAUUGCACGUAUCACUGUAAGUUUCCAUAAUACCUUUGCAAUAUUCUUGGUUUAGUACGGAACCCUACUUAAAACAAGGAAAUUAGCUCGUUCCAUUAUUUUUUUCCUGACCGCUGACUGAGAAUGCUUUUAUCACAAAUACGCGUUUAGUAUCAUAUUGCUAUUCUAUUAUAAUACAGUAUUAGUUUAUUUACAUGUUUUGAUAAAAUAAAAACUAACUAAAUUAAAUAGUAAUUAUAUGCAACUGACCUUUAAAAUUGGAACUAUAUAAAAGUUAUUGGUUUUGUAUAAAUGACGGAGAUGAACGGAUGGUAUAGUUGCAAUAAGACCUUGUGUUAUUUCAACCGUCAAAUUCCUUGAAAAAUUAUUCAAAUGUUUGUUACAUUUGUGUAUCUAAUUGCGUAGGUAUGUUUAGAGAGCCGAUAUAUUUAUAAGGGAUAUAUUCUAAAAAUAAUUGAAAUCAACUGAACAAUUAUUCAACCUAAAAUUAAUCCAAUUUACAUAAACGGCCUAUUUUUUCUUUGUCUUUAGGCAUUUAUCCAGUUUUAAAUACAGCAAAAUUGUCACAGCUGGUUUCUGAUGACGUAAAAAAUUACAACGUUAUUUGUUCUCCAUACGCAUUUUAUUUAACUAAAUUUACUAAUUAUUCAGAUCUACGCGAACUCAGUGGACAGUGUUCUAACUGUUGGUGUAGGGUUAGCUCUUUGCAAAUAACUUUGGAAUUCAUCUUUGUAUUGAAGUGCUCCAACAAUUGUUUCAUUGAGUUUUGUAGUGAAUCCAUGGAGAGGACACAGAAAAGGAUAUGGAUAUGCUAGCAGGGGACACAGCGCACCACCCGAAACUUCAAAGAGUCAAAAUGAUUUUAGCUGCGCAAGACUGCCAAUGCCCUUUAGUAACAGAAGGGCCGUCGUUAACAAACUCCCCAAUAUGCAGCGGUACAAUCCUGUUCAUGGUGCUUCUCGAACAGUUCCUGAACGGACGAUGCGACAUCGCGUCUCCGUGCAAAAGACUAAAGUCAGUUAAGCGUGUGGACCAGGACUACGACUUCAUAGUCGUGGGUGCAGGCUCGGCAGGGUCCAUUGUGGCUGGUAGACUGGCAGAGGAUGAAAAGUUUAAGGUCCUUCUAAUAGAGGCGGGUGGUCCAGAGCCUAUAGGUGCAAAGGUUCCCUCGUUCUACAGGACCUUCUGGGACAACGAGCAAGUAGACUGGAAGUACCGCACGGUCCCGUCCAACUACUGUCUAGACCAGAAAGGCAAGGGCUGCUGGUGGCCCAGGGGGAAAGUUAUUGGUGGUUCGAGCGUGCUUAACGGCAUGAUGUACCAUCGCGGGCACGCGGCCGACUACGAGGACUGGGUGAACGCGGGCGCUAAGGGCUGGUCGUGGGAGGAGAACCUGCCCUACUUCGACAUGACCGAGGGGAACAAGCAGAUCGGCUCGCUCGUCAGCGCCAAACACCACUCGGACACCGGCCCUCUGCCCGUGCAACAAUUCAACGACCAACCUAAGGCUGUGUACAGACUGCUGGACGCCAUCAACGAGACGGGGCUGCCCGUGGUCACUGACCUCAAUGACCCCGACACGCCCGCCGGCUUCGCCAUCGCACAAGCUUUCAAUCUAAACGGACAACGAUACACCACAGCACGUGCAUAUUUAGAACCGAAGCAGAAUCUUCACGUCUUAAUGAACGCUCACGUCAGCAGAGUGCUGGUAGACGGAAAGCAAGCCGUCGGGGUGGAGUACAUCGACCAACAGGGGAAACAGCAAACUGUUAAGACCACUAAAGAGGUAAUUCUAAGCGCAGGCGCAUUAAACAGUCCUCACAUCCUCCUCCUCUCCGGCAUCGGGCCGAAAGACACCCUGGACAAGUUCAACAUUCCCGUCAUACAAGACCUGCCAGUGGGGCAGAAUCUACGGAACCACUAUGGGAUCACCCUGAACUUCCUUCUGACGAAGAACAACAACACCAACCAGCUAGACUGGCAGGCGUUGACCGAGUAUCUCCUGAAGAGGGACGGGCCCAUGAGCUCUACUGCUAUCACGCAGGUGACGGGGCUGAUGUACUCGAGCCUGGCGGACAAGUCCCGGCGGCAGCCCGACAUCCAGAUGUUCUUCAACGGGUUCUACGCGGACUGCUCCAGGGACGGCGUCGUCGGGGAGCGGGCGGACUGCUCACAGCGCGGGAGAAACAUCUCAGCAAAUGCCGCACUCCUCUUGCCGCGCAGUAUCGGCUACAUGACCUUGAACUCCAGUGACCCUCUGGACUACCCCCUCUUCUACCCGGAGUACUUCACUCGGUCAGAGGACGUCAUCAUGAUAAGGGACGCCGCUAGGUAUUUGCAGAGGAUCUUUGAGAGCAAAACAUUACAAGACGAGUACGGCAUCAUCCUCGACCCAGAAUACGCGGCCCCGUGUUCCGAGGCGGGCGCGGCGUGGUCGGAGCCGUGGCUGGACUGUAUGGCGCUGCAGCACACCGACCCGCAGAACCAUCAGCUCGGCACUGCCGCCAUCGCCCGCGUGCUGGACACCGACCUCAGAGUCUACAAUGUUACAGGUCUUCGAGUGAUCGACGCGUCGUCGAUGCCGACGCAGCCUACCGGCAACCCGCAGGCCGCCAUCAUGAUGGUGGCCGAGCGCGGAGCACACCUCAUCAAACAGGAAUGGUCCAAAUCGACGUAGUAUUCAUAAAGAUACUGACCUAUCUGUUACCGCCGUAGCCAUAAAAUAUUAAAACGUAAAAUAUGUUUGGUAUCGUACUUUCUUAUAUUGUGCAGUUGAUUUUGUUUUUUGAAUAAUGAUUUUAUCGAUAUGUUUUAUUGUGCUCCCGUAUGAUAAAGACAGCAAAUGUUUUGCAACAUGCUGUGGCAAGAUGGCAGGAUGCUUGUACAAGCACAGUUAUUCGUAAAACGAGUCACCAUAUUCUUGAUAAACUUAUGAAGUCAAAUGUUUUGCAUUUUUAUCAGCACAUACACAAUACAACUGUAUGGAAAUCGCACGUAUACACGCGUGUAUAGGAGUAAGCGUUACAAAUCCAUAGUUACAACCGCACAGUAAUUCGGUGUGCACAGGCCUUUACAAGGCGUUCGUUUUAUGUUAUGAGACUGUAAAGUCUGUUGAUAGUGCAAUAAUAAUAUUACUAUAAUUUUAGACAAUUAUGAUAACCACUACUUUAUUAGGUACUUAUCACAAAUUCAUCAAUUUUCACCAAAAUGAAAAACCAGGGUAUGUCUUUUGUGUUUUAACAUUCAAAGUUCCACAGUAAUAUUCAAGCAAGCGUUUUUACACAGCAAAAUUUUUUAAAUAAAGUUUUAUAUGUUUGAUACAGAAUCUCGACACUAUUUUCUAUGUAAAAAAUUUUAAGUAAGUAUUUGAAACUCUACUUGAACUAAAUGAAAAGAUUUCACAAUGAAUGUCAACAGUAAUGAUAAAUAUGUCAUAAAGCAAAUGAAGUCAGUCUGUAAAAUAAUGUCAAUGCUUUUGUUAGAUCUCGUAUGAUCGUAGAAGAAAUAGUUACAUACCUAAGUAUAUUUUUUCUUACUUAGUAAGCACAGCUUACGUAGACGACAUGAAGUACAAUUUAAUUAAAUAAAUACAAAAUGAUAAUUGCAUUUAAGUACUUCCUAUUUCCAUAAUGACCAAUCUUGGUAAUAUUGAAUAUAAGAUAAAUAAGGCUUGUUUUAUAAUGUUUUCGUGGCUAUUUCUGUUGCAUGUUAGCAAGUAACAUUAUAUAUUUAAACCAGUUUCUUUCAGCACCGCUAUAUCAUAACUACAACGACAAAAAGGUCUAUGUGGAAACAUUUUAGACCUAACAGUAGAUUACUUAAUGAUAUUUUAAACGAGGAAAAUGUUGAAAAUCUAUACUAAUAUUAUAAACGCGAAAGUCUGUCAGUCUGUUCCGCUGCAACGGCUAACCACUGGACCAAUUUUGAUGAAAUUUGGUAUGCAUGUAGUUAAAGGCCCCCGUUCAAAAAAAUACUUUUUUUUUUUCAAAUAUCAACCCCCAAAUUAACGUUUGUAUUAAAAUCGUGUCUGUUCCGCAUUCGCAAAGAGAUUCACGCGGGCGAAGAGGCGGGUAAAAGCUAGUUUACAAUAUAUUGACCUGUGAUUUGUAAAAAGUGUGAUUUAAUGAUAAUAAAGAUGAAUUCAACAUUCGUUGUUUUUGUCCGCCGUUACUCAUUUUAAUGGCGUUAUGAUCUUCAACUUAGUCUCCUUACUAAAGUAAACAAUGUAAUGUUAGGAAGUUCUUGUAGUUGCGUUGGUGUCACAACACUUUGCAACUACAAUGCAAACAAAUACAUACUUAAACCUCUAUACAGCCUGUUAAGAAAUUGAAGAAAACAGAUUUUUGACGACCUACGUUUUUUUGCCUUUGCAAUACCUAAUCAAAUGGUCAAGAUUGGUUGAUAAACACCCAGUGUUGCCAGCCAACUGUAGACAAAGCCCUCAUUUAGUUUCGUCACUUGUCAGAAUAUACAUUUGUGUUUAUAUCACGCGGACACUGGCCCGUAUGUUUAAUAAUAUCAUGUCGUUCAUUAUACGUGUAGGAUUUAUUUUAAAUUUACUAUAAAUAGUGUUGUUUCAUUAUAACGUCAGAGCAGUUUUUUCUAUAGAAGAAUGACGUCAUUUGACUUGUUUAUCUUGGCAUUCACAGCACUAAGGAUAGAGAAUUUUGUAUGAACCAAGCAACUACAAAAUAAUAAAAAACUAAUAUAAAUUACAACAUGGCUAGUGUAAUUAAAAUAACCAAAAUUAUAAUUAUAAACAAUAAUGAUCUCAUUUGAUAAGAUUUAACUUUAGUUUCAUGUUUAUUAUACAUUAUUUAGCAAUAUAAAAACCAUAGGGUUUUUUAAAAUUAAUUUUGAAUUUAUAAGCAUCCUCAGAAAUCACACUAUCUAUUGGUGAAAACCGCCUAAAAGUCAAACAAGCAACAAGGGAACCAACCUCUUUUUAUAAUACAUAAGCAUGAAGCAACAGUUGAAAUUAAACAAAAAAUUAUAUGGUAAAAAUUAGUAAUAUAAUAUGGCUUAAUAAAUACAUACAUAGGUACAUGAUUAUUUAUAUCUAUGUAACACACACGCUUGCAUAUUACGAUAGCUAUCAUCUCCUAAACUAAUAAUUCAUAAUUUAAAACAAAUUUUAUGAACUUAAGUUAAAAUAUAUACUUCAUUAAAAAAUAUUACUGAAUUAAUCAAUCUCUUACUUCGGGAAUGAUUCUAAUACUUCUGAUCAAUCACAUUAUUAAGAAAAUUUCAAAUCAGAAAGAACAAAAAAUAAAAUUUUCAAUUUCAGUUACAUGUUAUACAUGGAAUCAUAUUGAGAAAUGCAUGGUAUAUAAAACACGCCAUUUCGAAAAUGCAAUGUUAAUAAACGGUAUUUUAGCACCUCAGUCUGUAAUUCGAGAUUAUACUGUUUCUGAUUUAGAACAAACAUAGCUUUAUAAUAAAUCUUAAUAUAAUACCAAUACAAAAUUUGGCAAUAAUCAAUAUGUAAAUUUGGGCGGGUAUUAAGUUUUCAAAAUAAGUACUUAAGUUGAAAUUUACCUCUAUCAAGCAUAUCACACUUGAUUUUGUUCAAAUUAUUAUGGGUUAACAACAUUUUCCAACAUAAUUUGGAAAUGAAUGACAUACACUACAGAGUUUUUAAAAAAUAUGAUAGAAGUGAAUGCAUCAUAACUGACAGAGAAAACUAUAGACAUUUGACAUCAUUGCUCGUACAAGAAAAAAAUGCAUACUAGAAAUAGACACAAAAACGGCUAAUGGUGCUAAUAUCUUUAUUCCUUCACUACGUGCCUAGUUUUACAAGGCCAAAUCUGCCUCUUUGUAUGAGAUGGAAGCAUGAAAGUUGUAUAGAAAUCUUCAAUUACAAUUGGGUACGCCAGCCAGUCUUUAGUUUUCAUUGUCUUUGUUCGUAC